AUGCACCGAGGCGUCGAUCUGGCACCAAAGGCCCAUAGACCCACCGACUGUACCGGUCAGAGCUUCAAGGCCCUGUUGCCUCUAACUACCGUCUCAACAGAUCAGCGGCCACUCCUCAGACGAGACUCGGUGUUGUCCAUCUCCGAACCUGCUUCCGAUCGAUCUUUCGCAAUACGAUAUGGUCGUUGCCAUCAGAUUAUUCACUAUGGCACAAAUAGCACCACACGGCUCCACAAAGACAAAUCUCAAAAUAAGACUCGGCUGCUAGCAAUCAAGGUGUACCGGCACUCCAUCUUGGAUGAGCCAUCAUGCUCUUCACAAUCCACCUCUCUCCAUCCUGAUCACCCAAACAUUCUCCCCAUCCUCGACGUGCUCCAGAAUGAACGUUCAGAACUCUGUCUCGUGACCCCAUACUGCGCAGGAGGCGAUCUGGGAAUCUUCUUGUCCCGAAACAGGCCUAUCCCAACCAAAGAAACGGAUUGUAUUUUGACACAGAUCUUACGAGCUCUGUCUUACCUUCACAGCCACGGCAUUGCACACCGUGAUAUCCGGCUCGAGACCAUCCUGCUAACCGCCAACGGAGCAGUAAAGGUGGCAGGAUUCGGCGACGGACACAUUCAACAGAUAUGGAAAGAAUCCACAGCCUGCAAAUCCCCAUCCGAAGCAAGGGAGCGUCCACGCUCCCAGUCAUACUCGGCUUCAUCGUUGAUAUUGCCAUGGCCACUGAAUUCAUUGUCUCGGCAUAUCGCCGCCUUCUCCUACCUCUCUGCAAAACCACACAAAUCGGCUUUCGGGAACCUAAAUCAGCCCUACAUUCCUCCAGAAGGGUUUUGUCAUUCCGUGCGUCGUGACAGCGAUGGAAAUAGUUACAAUGACAUCGACCCUCGUCCUGCUGAUGUGUGGGCCACCGCAAUGAUAUACAUGGCUCUCGUUACGGGUCGGCUACUGUGGCGGAGUGCUCGUCCGCAUUGCGAGGAUGGACGGUACUUGGAAUAUCUAGAGGCUCGACAUGAUAAGGAUGGAUAUACACCCAUCGAAGCCCUGGGGAAUAGACGACGCGAGAUCAUUUAUGCAAUGCUUAAUCCCCGAUCAUGGAAACGCAUUACCACUGCAACCCUGAUGCAGUCUGAAUGGAUAAAGGGCGUGGUGGUCUGUGAGGCAGGGGAUAAAGGCUUCUGA